AUGUUAUUGAAGAACAGUUCAGCCAAUAAGGAGGCAGCUCAUGCAAAGAUAGCCAGAAAGAGCAGCAGAGGCGAGUGGGCAAGAGCAGGAAAAACUGCAGUGUGGAUAGUUUCCUUCCCUCCCUGUAGCAGAUCUCUUAUCAGUUUCUGCACGCUUGUGUUGGGGGAGCAUUUGAAUGGGGGGAUCUCUGUGAGUGUGUCUUGUAAAGUGUCUCAACUGAAAAAAAGGAAGAUAGUGUCCAGGAGAGCAUCCUGCACAAAAAGUUGACUGCGCUUGCAGCCUAAAUGAAGAAGUUUAACGUGCUGAAGCCUCAGACGGCACCGAUGGUUGCUGCCAAGCCAACUGGGGCCGGUGACUCCAGCGCGACUCCAGCCCCUGUUGCAGUCGUCUCCAACGACAAUUCCACCGAACCAGUCAACAAGAACGAUGCCUUCGACGAGAUCAAAAACAAGUUCCUGAACGAAAUAGACAAAAUACCACUGCCAUCGUGGGCCAUCAUCGCCAUUGCUGUGGUCGCCGCUUUACUUAUUCUAACAUGUUGCUUCUGCAUCAUCAAAAAAUGCUGCUGCAAGAAGAAGAAGAACAAGAAGGGCAAGAAGGGGAAGGGGGAAAUGGGAAUGAAGAACCUUAAAGGAGGCGAGAACCAAAAGGAUGAUGAUGAUGAAGAAGAGGACAUGGAACCCGGAAUAACAGGGGACGAGAAAGAGGAAGAAGUGAAGGAAAAGGAGAAGCUCGGGAAGCUGCAGUACUCCAUCGAUUAUGACUUCCAGGAGAACAAGCUGACCGUGGGGAUUCUCCAAGCAGCUGAUCUGCUGUCCAUGGACAGCGGGGGCACGUCAGACCCUUAUGUGAAGGUCUUUGUCCUCCCUGACAAGAAGAAGAAGUUUGACACAAAAGUUCACAAGAAAACACUCAAUCCUGUCUUUAACGAGACCUUCACUUUCAAGAUACCUUUCCAAGAGAUGGGAGGAAAGACUCUGGUAAUGUCUGUCUAUGACUUCGAUCGUUUCUCCAAACAUGACGUCAUUGGAGAAAUUAAGAUUCCUAUGAACACCCUUGACCUGGCAAAACCAAUCGAAGAAUGGAGGGACCUGGACAGCGCAGACCAAGAGGAGCCUGAGAAGCUGGGUGACAUUUGCAUCUCCCUGCGCUACGUCCCAACUGCAGGCAAACUCACCAUCUGCAUUCUAGAGGCAAAGAACCUGAAGAAAAUGGACGUAGGUGGAUUGUCAGAUCCCUAUGUGAAAAUCAACCUGCUGCAGAAUGGAAAGAGGCUAAAGAAGAAGAAGACGACAGUGAAGAAGAACACUUUGAAUCCCUACUACAAUGAAUCCUUCAGCUUUGAGAUUCCUCUUGAGCAAAUGCAGAAAAUCCAAGCUGUGAUCACAGUGUUGGAUUAUGACAAGAUUGGCAAAAACGACGCCAUCGGGAAGAUUUGGGUGGGAAGCAAAUCCACGGGAGCUGGGCUCAAACACUGGUCUGACAUGCUGGCCAACCCCCGCCGUCCCAUCGCCCAGUGGCAUCCACUGCAGCCAGAGGAGGAGGUGGAUGCCUCCCUCGCAGCCCUAAAUGCCAAGAAGUAAACCUCCACCGUCUCCACACCUACCUACACUUGCAUUUCCCAUCAUUUUCCAGAGCUCCACGUAACACUCCAGAAGAGCACCCACGUCUACCCUGAUCCCCAUCCUACUCGACCACUGCCACCUCUCAAAAGCUCCAUGAAAACCAUCUGACGAUGAUGGGAAAUGUAAUCCCCCCCCCCAAAAAAAAAUCAUAAUCUAUUAUAUCAUGUCACUGAGAAAAGAAGACAAGUCAAAGGACGGAUGAAUACUUUAGUUAAUUUCCUUCAGAUCUAUUUUUGUAUAGUCAUUGUGGUUCCAUUGAAAAGAAUACAAAGUAGACUACGAAGAACAGUAGGGGUGCUACAUGCAAAUCUAAUAAUAGAACGGAGAAAACAUACACUCACUGUACUUUUCACCCUUUUCCCUUUAGUGACACAGUUUGCUUAGAAUAGUGCUUAAAUGCUUUAUACUGCCAUAUAAUAGAGAAAUAACACAAGCAGGUCCAUUCCAUAGGUGUUUAAUGCACCAUAGCCCACGCCUGCCAGUUAACACAUUAAAGAAUUCUGUUAGUUUAAAGUACAUUCCUAGAGUUGGGUAGCGAUGUAGGAGCAGGCACAUAUCCAGUUACCCACAAACACACUGCCUUUGUGAUUAGUUGACCUUCAACCCAUCGUCUCAGGAAAACUGAGAGGAAAUUGAAACUUCAUGCCUUUUGUUCCAAAACGGGUUGUUAUUAUUCAAAAACACAGGAUGAGAAGGAAGUGUUUCCGAAGGCCUGCUGAUUUGCGCCAGUUAAUCCAUGAAGCGACGGGCAGAGGGAGGCAAUAAUAAAUUUCCAGUAUGGGAGCUGUUUGUGCUUUUAAGAAUACAAACAACAGAGAAAAGAAAAAAAGAUUUAAAAAAAGGUGUGGAAAUGUCAGGGCGAUUCCAACGACCACUGACAUGGUAUUUACAAGGUGUCGAUUACUGGCUGCAGUCUGCCAUCCCCCGCCCCCCUUUCCCAACACCUAAGAUUCUGUAUGUCACUUGUUCAGUGCUACUGCCAUUGGAUCAUGGACUUGACACAAGGGUUUUACUCUAAAGGAAUCCCUAUAACCGUCUUACAGUCAUAAAGGAGACAAGCCUUCCAAGUAACAAGAUAAGCAAUUCUCAACUACCAGGGACGCCUUCCAGUUAGCCGUGUUGUUCGCUUCAUUUCUUUCUCUUUUUGUUUAUCUUAUGGCACUUUAAAUAUUUUGUGUGCUCAGAAAUCAGAGCUUUAAUUAUUUGUUGAGAAUAAGUGCUGUUUUCUUGGAAAUGAUGUUUUUAAAACGAGAUUCCCCUUGCUUCGCUUCUGCUUUCUUUGUCCUCAACUCCAAUUCAUUGGUUUGAAUUUCUCACCUGAUCAGAAGGAUACGGCCCGGAAGAAAGCACUGAUCCGUGUGUGUUUUAUACACAGCUUACCAAACUGUUGAACAUAAUUGCACUACUGGGUUUUUUUCUUUUUUAAAAUUUUUUUUUUUUUCCUGUUUUACAAUUUGAUGCUGUUUCUUGUUCUGUGUUGUGUUUUAUUUGCCAUGUAGUGUUGUGGAAUGGAAAUGUUUUUCUGUGGCACAUGCAGACAAGUCUCUCCCGGGAUUGAGACACAUUUCAAUCGAGCACUUCUCCCUGGAAUCUUCACAGAAUGGAUCAGGUUCAGUAUAAAGAGCCAAAGACGCAAAAAAAAAAAAAAAAAAACAAUGUUAUCAUUUAAUACUGUACACUUUCAUCCAAAUUUAAAGGCAAAAAUUCCAACAAACAGGGGUUACAUUAAGAGCACAAUAAAAGUCCAGCUCCCUUUAAAGGCUAAAGUACAGCAAGGCCCUCCAUUCAUUUCCAUUUGACUUUCUACUGUCUAAAAUUUCAUAUAGUGUUGGAAGUCUUGUUACUGUGCACCCCAGCUCAUUUCUAACCUUAAAUAUUGAUAUUGCCUGGUAUUUUUUUUUGCAGCACCUAAAAAUUCGGGUAAAUUUUUUAAAUAGGUAGCACUUUUUUGCAACUAUAGCAUAUCAGGAUACAUGUUAGCAGCAGGAUUUGAAAUUCUCUCUUUUUUUCUGAAAAACGAAGUCAAAAUAAACACGGGUCUGUUUUUGGCUCUCUAUAAUUGUGAUAUAACAUUCUGAUGGAGAAGAAUUUUGAGUAAAAACAACAUCCAGAAAAAUAUUGUUUGACUAAAGCUGAGCAGCCCGGAAUAGACUUAUGACACCUUUAAUGUCUCAUAUGCUUUUGUUAGGACCCAAGUGUGCUUCCUUGCUGGUUAAGCUGUUUAUUAAAACUGAAAACAAACUAAAAAUAUAUGCUUAUUGGAAGCAUAUAGAGCAGCGUCUACCAGUGAGGUGUGUCAUGUAAAGCUGCAUAACCUUUUAUGCAUCUUUUCUAUUUUAAUAAAAAAAAAAUGCUGGCUUUUUAAACCACAUAUUUUUAGCAGUUCAAUUCAGUUUCCACCUUUACAUCACUUUUUUUCCUUCUCUUUUUGAAGAAGCAACACUAACGGAAAAGCAACAUGGAAGCAAUCAAGCAGCCCAUUGUGUAGUUUUGCUUAUAUACAUAGCUCCUACUUGUUGAUACUGCAUGUUUAUACAAAAUACUGUACAUAAGAGCAUGUUUUAGAGAUGAAGCAAAAAUAUAUCGUGUACGUAAAUGAUCGUAAUUUGCCAUUUUAAUAACACCAAGAAGGGAAAAAAAUGCACUGUAUAUUUUCUAAAUAGAACAAAGUGUGAAUUUAUUUUCCAUGAGGGUCAUUGGAGAGAAUGUCGUGCAAAUAAUAGAAUAACUGCUACUAAUAAGAACCUUUCCAUGCCUGAAAUUCUUAAGCAAGUGUGUUGUCCAGUGCUGUGUGUGAGUUCAUGUAGAAUGACGAUGUAGCCGCAUGCUUGCUAUUUAAAUUUGCUGUGCUCCAAAACUUUAUUUGAGAACAUAUAUUCGCAUUUUUUUUCUCCCAAAUACUUUUUAAUGAUCAGUGUUGGAUUAGUUUCCUUUUGGUAACAAAAAAACAAAAUUAUGUUUUUAUUUUUUAAUAGUCAAGACAGAGUCCAAGUGUUGAAUGUUUUCAAAUGGCAGUUUAAACUGUUUAUCGGAAAAAAUAUUCAAUCUCUAAAUGGAGGGGGAUCUGCUUCUGCCACCACUGAUCAGGAAUCCAGUCGGAUACAUUAGCUGCUGCUCCAAGGCCCCAAUUAAAAAAUAUUCUAUUUAAAUGAAAAGAAAUAACGUUGAAAAAUCAACUUUUUUCUCUUUUUAUUCAAAGUAUAUUUUUCUUUGUGUUUGGCCGACCUGAAAAAUAUGACAGCUGCGUCUCUCUUUUACUCUGUUUAUUAUAUAAAGUGUAUAUGUAAAAAAAAAUAUAAGACAAACCUAAAAGCCAUAACACUCAAGCACUAACUCUUUAGAGCUCAGCUGAAUAGCUAGAAUUUAUUUAUGAAGAAAAAAAUAAAAAUGUCUUUUGUUUUCUGUGGCCAAUGUUAAACAUUUCUUAUUUUUUAGAGAUCUUUGUUCAUCAAGAGGGCAAAAUUCAUUCUACUGUAAAUGAGAACUGUUGUGAGUGAAUGUGUCUUUUUCUACUUUUAAAGAUCCGAUGUCCUUGUUUCAUAGAGGUAGCCGAUUUUACUGUAUUGUGAUUAGUAAUGCAUACUCCUUGUUUUAUCAGUAUACAUAAUAUAUAUGAUAAUAAAAUAGGAUCUCAGUAUUAAUAAUAUCACUAUAAAUAUUAGAGUGCAUUCUAUUCUUGGGCUGACUGCAAUUUAUAAACCAAACUGGGUCACUCUUCUAGUUUCUGUUCUUUUUGCAGAAGAAUAUACACGUACAAUCAAAAAAAAAAAAAAAACAAGAAAAGAAAAGAAACCUCUGCAGGUGGUUUGGAGUUCAUUUGGAAAUUUUAUUUCCUUUAAUUUUAUUUUUUUGCACACUGCCCAAGCACCGUCAACUUAUAAUUUAUCAGAGAAUAGAGGUACAGUGCAACCCUUCCAUAGGACUAUGCAUAUAAUUAUGACUACAGACUCAUUCCAAAAUCAUUUGAAGACAUUUGAAGACAUACACAGAUACUGCCUGUGUUGCAUAUAUAUAUGUAUAUACAUAUAUAAAAGAAAUGGCUUUGAAAUUAUGGAAAUCUUGCCUUCUUGCCAGGGGUUAUGUAUGCAGACAUCCAUACACAAUUACCGUAAUAGCUAAAAAUAAUUGAUGCCAUACUAUAUUUGAUUUCAUAUUCCUCAGCAGAGUCCUUUUCCUCCGUUUGCACUACGCUUUAUUUUAAAGAUAAAAAUAUUAGUGCUACUUUGAUAAUUUUAAUUUUCAAAAUGUGCCUGGAAAGGCCUUAUUAUUUUUAUGAAAUUAAUUUCCCUUUCUUUUCUUAUUCUCUUGGCAACAAAUGCUUUAAAAAACAUGUAUUAAGAAAUAUUUUGCUAUUACUAUUUCAUUUCACUGUCAAAAAAAACCAUCAGUCGUUAUCAUAGGAAGUACAUGAUUACAAAGACGGAUUCUGUUUUGGUGUCCUAGUGAAUGAACUUAAAUUGAAGAAAAACUUUUUAAGCAUUGUCUACUUUUAAUAUUGUGCAUUUAUUGUUGGCCAAAGCUCUAUUGUUUAAUUUACAAGCCCUCCUUUAGCUAAUUUGUGAUAUAGCUGGCCACAUUCAUUGGUGUAUUUUGCAAAGUAGCAUUGUUGUGCCAAAAUAAUUUCGUAUCAUUCUUUUUCGAAAUUUAUACCAAAGUGAGUGAAAAUUACUAAUUGUUUCAAAAGCUAGAAUUUAGAUGUGAAUGCUUGAGAAAUUGUGCAAUUUUUAAAGUGAAAUAUGGAGGAAGGAGAUGGCUAGCUUACCCUGGGCCCGGAAUGUUCUAAAUGUGGAAAUUAUAAUCAAAUCUUACAUCAGUUUCUGCUUUGUUGAAGACCGAGACUAUGGUCACAUAUGCCAAAAUGCCACUGCAUGCAUCACAACCUUAAUGGAAGUUUUACAGCCAAAUUGGCCGAGUGGUGACAUUUGUUAUUGGGAGGGGGCAGUAGCAUUGUUACGUGCUGUGCGGCGGCCGUGGAGAACCGGAAACCGGGUGAUUUUUUUGACAGCAGUCAGUGGCUGCCUGGUCACAUUUGGAGGUCACGCAGUGGCAGUUGUAUUUGUGACCGUAGCAUGAAUGAGUUAUUGUUGUCAGAACAUUUUAAAUUAAAAAAGAGAUACACACACACACACAAAAUUCAUAUAUGUAUGUUCACUUCUAAACUGUGUUCUUCUAUGCUUUAAACUGGCAGAUGAAACAGUCAAUGCUAAAAUCUUAACUCCUGGCAAGAAUGCAGAUGAGCACAUUUUCCAUUGUACCGAGCCGUCACGAUCACCUCAAAACCCAAUUUCUCUGAAGCAAACUGCCAUCAAUUCAGGAAUCAGUUCUCCCUGUGUUGCAUCAUGCUCCACAUUCAUUGAUUAUAUUGGAGGAAUUCCCUGUUCAAUCUAUACAAUUGACUGUGACCAAACAACACAGUGAGAACGGUUCAAAUGCAGGAUUGUACUGCAUUAAAAAAAAAAAAAAAC